AUGGCCGAGAGGAAGAUGUCGUCGAGUCGCAGGAACCACCUGAAGAGCCUGCUGCUGCAGGUGGGCCAGGCCCUGCUGGAGCAGGAGGCACAGGAGGCCGAGGAGGAGAAGAGGAGGUACAUGGAGGAGAACUGCCCCGCCCUCUCAGUCCCCACCUCCAUGCAGGAGCUGCAGGAGCUGUGCAGGAAACUCCACAAGGAGAUCGACCUGGUGGACGAGGAGCGCUACGACACCGACAUCAAGGUGUCCAAGUCCAGCAAGGAGAUCGAGGAGCUGCGGACCAAAGUCCAGGACCUGAAGGGGAAGUUCAAGAAGCCGGCGCUGAAGAAGGUCCGCAUGUCGGCCGACGCCAUGCUGGCCGCCCUGCUGGGCUCCAAGCACAAAGUGUCCAUGGACCUGAGGGCCAACCUGAAGCAGGUGAAGAAGGAGCUCCGGGAGGAGGAGAAGCAGACGGCCGACUGGAGGAAGAACAUCGAGGACAAGGCCGGCAUGGACGGCAGGAAGAAGAUGUUUGAGACAGACGCCUGAACGCACCGCCGCUGCCCCUCGUCCUGUUUUCUACUGCG